AUGGUCAGCGGCAGAAAACACGAGGAACGCGAACACCGUGAGGUCCUCAACUGGGUUACCCCAGUUGACUACGGACCUCAGUACAGCGACAUCCUUACGGAGAGGCAUUGUGAUAUAGGGCAAUGGCUCCUAGACUCGCCAGAGUACCAGGCCUGGUUAGAGGGCAAAAAGCGGACCUUAUUCUGCCAUGGGAUUCACGGAGCUGGGAUGACUGUUCUCUCCGCAAUUGUGAUUCGCGAUGUCUAUAGCAGGUUUCAAAAUGUUUCUAACAUCGGCAUCGCGUACAUAUUUUGCAAUGUUCAACGGCAUGGUGAACAGACGUUAGAGCACUUGCUUAUGAGUCUCCUAAAGCAGUUCGUCCAGCGACAGGAUUAUAUUCCCGGAAAUGUAAAGGCUUUUAUGCAAGCACAAGAAUAA